AUGGCGGACCCUACCCCCGCGGAAGCUGAGCCUGCCGAGCCUUCUCCGGAUGACAUGACAUACGUGGAGGUCACCAAGCAUGCGGAACGGAUCCUUUCGCGCUACAAGAACGAGGAGACAACCUUCAAGCCCUGGGAAGCGAAAGUCGUCUGGGAAUACUGGCGGAGUUUUGAGAUGAUGGGACUUGUUCCUGGAGUCACGCUCCUCAAGUUCAUGCAGGAUGUUGUCAUUCCUUUCGCAUCUUCUCGAGUUGACUCCAGGCUUCAGAGAUAUACGCGCUACGACAAAGCCACCGGCGCGGACAGGUCCAAAACUUACAAAAUUGAGGGUAUCCCAGACCAGGGACCCAGCAUUGUGUACCGCAAAGGCAAUCUGAUGACAAAGGCAAAGGUGACAAAGACAGCCGACCUACACAGUUCCAAAACUGCGGAGGACCCUAUUGCCCAGAGUCGUGCAAAGCAAGGCAAAAAGCCUCCACAUUCAGAUCUUCCAGAGCGUACAAAAGAAAAAGUUGCUACCGAACCUACUUCUCGUUCAGCCUCCGUUGAACAAGUUAAAGAGACGAAGCAGUCUUCUAAGGGUUCAGAAUCUACCAUUGCCGGCAAGGAACUACAGCACGUGCCGUCAGCGCCAGCUCCAGUUCGCAACAUCCCAAUCGCCCAGGCCGAUGACGAGGUCCUUAAUGUGCCCAUAUCCAGUUCGAAGUACGUCGUUCACGGGUCUCUCCCUGCCCCGAUCGCUAAUCGGGUUGACGGACAUCCGGAUCUGAUUAAAAUCGACUGCUACGGCAAAGAGGAGAUCGUGAGUAUGCGAGAUUUGAUUUCGAACAACCAUCUUCUCCAAUCCACGGUGGAGUCUCUCAAUACAACGGCAGCCUCAAUGCAGGCCAUCAUUGAGGCCCAGAAAGCCAGGAUCGACGUUUUGAUGCACCAUGUGGCAGGGCAGAACGCCAAGAUCAAGAGCCUAACCAGCCAACUCGCGCUUCCAGUCAAAUCGGACAAAUAA